AUGGCUUGGACUCAGGAUAUGUCAAGCCGCUGGAUUUGCGGAGGCGGGUCUCAGUUGUCAAAGACAAAGAGCAACUCGGACUCAUUUUCCUUCAACCUACCCGCCGAUAUCUUGCUCAUCGUUCACGAAUUCCUCCCAGCAAGCAGUCAGCUGUGUCUUCUAACAACCUGUCGCGGGAUAAAAGUACUACUAGAACACAGAACAGUCCCGUAUUCUCGACUGACACUUGAGCAAAAGCGGGAGUACAAAACAUUUGUCAUACGACAAUUUCCUAAUGCCUGGCUUGCUGAAGACACGCUCCGUUUCCGAGAAUUUCAAGAGGAAGACCUCUACCAACAACCGCAAGGGCCUCCAUUGAGGGACCAACCAGGUUGGGAUGCAAAUGACCUUUGGCGAUUCAGAGCUGGAGCCUUGUUAAUAAGACAUAGGCACGUACGGAUGAGCCUCAUAUACCACCGAUUGGAAAAGAAGACUCGCCGGCAGAAAUCGUUUCUCAAGAGUCUCCUAGAGCCAUACCGCACUGAUUUCUCACCAUGCUUGGAAAUACACCCCUCGGAAAAGAAUGGAGUAGUAAGCCACUUUGAGUCUCAUCCCAAGCUCGUCGCUGGUCAAUAUCUUCUUUUCAACCAAUGGACCUUCACCAACACCCUGAGAGGCGGGACGAUAGCACUUCACAAACUCGACCGCUUUGAAGCUUGCACACAUCAGGGGAUGUCAGACUUCGGCUGGAAAGCCUUCUUCUCGUGCCGGAAGCGGUAUGCGGAAUUUGGUUUCCAGCGGGAAACAAUACAACUCGCUAGAGCAUUGUGGCUACUUCCACCUGUUAGGCGAAGCGAUGAGUUCUUCGAAUGCGUCUGUGAGGCAAUCAAAAACCCUGGACGUCAGGUAGAUGGCAUGUGCCCGUACUGCCUGACGGAGUUUUCGAUUUGUAUGACAACGAAGAUGAUGCAGAUCCGUGUGUGGAAGGACUUGGGGACUGAGGAUUCGUGUUGGAGUCCGGUGUGGCAAACACAUUUGGGGGUCAGUGAUCCUCAGGGUCUGCCCAGGGGUAAAGACUGCCUCGAGAUUCGUUCUCGUUGUGGGUAUACGGGUGUGGAGGGACAGUAG